GGAGGGAAGGGCGGGGGGCGCGGGGUGACGCCGCUGCCGACACCGACACAAGGGGACGCGGCGCGGGCUGCGCACGGGGCCUAGGGCGGCGGCGGGCGCGCUCCCCAGGCGCGGCGGCGGCGGAGCGGGAGCGGGGCGGCUCCCAGGCGGCCGCUCCGGCCCGCGCCCCGGCGCCUCCCUCUUCCCCUCCCUCGGCCCGCCCGUGUCCGCCCCGCCGGCCGCGGCGCGGAUGGCGGCGGCGGCCACGGCGGCCGCCCCGGCUCUUUAUGCCUGCACCAAGUGCAACCAGCGCUACCCGUUCGAGGAGCUCUCCCAGGGCCAGCAGCUCUGCAAGGAGUGCCGGAUCGCCCACCCCAUCGUGAAGUGCACCUACUGCCGCUCCGAGUUCCAGCAGGAGAGCAAAACCAAUACGAUAUGCAAGAAAUGUGCCCAAAACGUGAAGCAGUUUGGAACGCCCAAGCCUUGUCAGUACUGUAACAUUAUUGCAGCAUUUAUUGGCACCAAAUGUCAGCGUUGCACCAACUCGGAGAAGAAGUACGGCCCGCCUCAGACAUGUGAGCAGUGCAAACAGCAGUGCGCUUUUGAUCGAAAAGAGGAGGGAAGAAGGAAGGUUGAUGGAAAGUUGUUAUGUUGGCUCUGCACACUGUCCUACAAGAGAGUGCUACAGAAGACAAAAGAACAGCGGAAGAGCCUAGGAUCUUCACACUCUAACUCCUCAUCAUCAUCUCUUACCGAGAAAGACCAGCAUCAUUCAAAACACCACCACCAUCACCACCAUCAUCAUCGUCACAGCAGCAGUCAUCAUAAAAUCUGCAGUCUGAGUCCAGAACAAGAUCAGGGACUAUGGAAACAGAGCCAUAAAUCCUCUGCAGCUAUUCAGAAUGAAAUUCCAAAGAAAAAACCCAAACUGGAAUCCAAGCCAUCAAAUGGAGAUAGUAGCUCUAUAAAUCAAGCAGACAGUGGAGGAACUGACAACUUUGUCCUCAUAAGUCAGCUGAAAGAAGAAGUAAUGUCACUUAAACGUCUUCUGCAGCAAAGAGAUCAGACUAUUUUAGAAAAAGAUAAAAAGUUGACAGAACUGAAGGCAGACUUCCAGUACCAGGAGUCUAACUUGAGGACAAAGAUGAACAGUAUGGAGAAAGCUCACAAGGAAACUGUGGAACAGUUGCAGGCUAAAAACAGAGAACUGCUCAAACAGGUUGCAGCGUUGUCAAAGGGUAAAAAGUUCGAUAAAAGUGGGAGUAUACUAACGUCUCCUUGAGGAACUGGUUAUUCGUGGGGUUUGCUACUCAAUGUAAAUUUGAGUAACUCUGUGAAGCCCUUAAAAUCCUAUGUAGGGGAGAAAAUAUUUUUGCACACCAGAUUAGUUGGCAUGUUUCCUACACGUUUUUAUAAUUAAUAUGCAGCUUUUUUUAGUUACUGUUCAGAUGAAAUCCUUCAACUGGCUUGAAGAAUGUUUUUAUUUUUUUGAUAUUGGAAACUUUUUGCCAGCAAUAGUAUUAAACAAUUGCAUAGAGAACAUAGCAGUGCUCUCUCUAAAAGGACAACAUGCAAUAACAAACCAGGCGUACUUUUUACAUCAACCAAGUCUUUUAAACUACACUGAUGGCAGCCAAAAGUUUAUGACUCUGCAGUGACACCAAACACUGGUUUCUGGCAACUGUUCUUUUACUUUGUAUCAAAAUAUGAAUUUAGAAUGGAAAUCAUGGUGCUCUCAAGUGAAACUAAAAAAAAAAGGCAUAUAUGUAUGUGUAAAUACAACUGUAACGGUUAUAUUCUUAGUUAUAACAAGUAAUUAGUGUUUUACAUUCUUGUGAUAGGGAUUUACUGAAAGAUUAUCUAUUGUACAGUAACAGAGGCAGUGUGGUUUUUGUAAGAUUUACUGUAGAUUUUUCUUGCAAGUGCCUUUCUCCAACUGUUUAUUUAUAGGAAUGUUGGUAUUUUGUACAUAAGGUUUUUAUGUUUUAAAAUCAUGUUUAAUAAAUGUUUUAUGUAAAUAUAAAUGUGUGUACAGAGGAAUCUGAAACAAAGAUCAAAGUGGCUGGUGCGGUGCUUGAAGCAGCAUUAAGAGCUAAUUGAUGGACAGUGAGUAUUGGCUUUAGAUAACCUUGUAGCUUGUGUCUGUGAGGUGUAGAAUUUUGUUAGUGCUGCUCGUGCCAAACACUUCCCGAACAAAAAACUGAAUGUGUUUUGCCACACUGGAGUUCAGUGGUUCGUUUAUGUGUUUUUCCCAUUUGGCACGGCGCUGAUUUGAGUUCCAUAGCAGACAUUGUAUUCCCAAUGUUACAUCCUUAAUUAGUGUUAUACACUCAAAGUUGAAAAAAACAAAUCCCCAUUGUCUGAUUUAAUGUACUUCGUUGUAACUUAUGGUGAUUCUUCUGAAUUAAUUGCGAGAUUCUCAUCCCCCAGUAAAGAUACACAAUGAGAAGAGAGUUGCCAAAACUAAUGGUCUUGAUAUUAAUUAAGGGAGUGGAUGUCAAAGAGUGGGUUGUUUUGGUUGGCUUGGUGGGUUGUUUUAAUGUUUUGGGUAGAUUUUGAUUGUAAAUUACAUCAGUUUUUUAGCUCUGCUCCUAAUGGACUUCAAUCAUAUUCAGAAAUUUCUAUUUACUCUAGCCCGAGGUCUCUGUUCAGGAAGGUGAGUUACGGAUCGGCAUAAAGCAAAGUGCAUUUACAUAAAUAAACAUUAGUUCAGCUCUGGGUGCUGAUUGGUAACAGGGUAACUGCUUGUAUUUCAGUAAUGUUAAUUGUGUAGCAUGAGCUACACACCUUUCAAUUAAAGAACAAAAAUCUAAAGCUUCUUGGUUGUCCACCCAUGUACUGAACUAUGAACAGUUUUUCAGUAGUUCAGACGAGUUCCAGCAGUGACAGACAACUGAAUAAUUGGAAAGAAAAAAGCUGUCGUAUUUCAUGUAUUUCUAUACCCUAAAAUCAACUUUGUAUGUUUAUAAAUUAUCCUCUUUAAACUUGUUAAAAUGGGGUACAGAAUGCUGCUAUCCUUUGGAGAUGUUAUUAUUUUUUUUAAUAUACAAAUUUAUGACUUUCAUUAAUUCAAGGUCAGUAUUUUUGUAUUUUUUUUCCAUUUGAAUGGCAACCCAUGUGUGCUGAAAUUGAUUUUAAAACACAGAAAUGCAUAGCAAACUGAAAUGCUUGAAUAAAGCUCACUUAGUGAUACCUGAUCAAGAUGCAGUAAGGACAUUUUAAAGGAAAAAAAUGAAGUUCUAGAUUAGAAAUGAUUGACUUUAUAAAUCCCAAUCAAUUUUUAGGGGCUUUCCAGCAUUUAGUUCUAAUUAAAUACCUGUGGGUUUUCUUCCAUAAUCUCAUUUUUGUCAUGAAUUUUUUAAAGUUGUAAACUAGCCAACCGAAUCCCCGUCCUGAAAGGAGUGUCCUGGAGCUGUAGGUUACUGUCGUAAUAAACUGAUGUUCUUUAAACGUGGGUCUGCAAGGAGAUUGUUGUACUGUAUUGUGCUUUUUAGGCUGUUUCAGAUGUUGAUUGAUUAGCAUUGACCAGUAAUGGCCAUUUUGGCUCAAGUUAUUUAUGUAUUUUAAGCCUGUAAAUUUUGCACCCCCUUUUUAGAUAGUGUGUCUAAAUACACGUUCUGCAGCGAAGCUGUUCAGCUGUCCACAUGUAUAGACUGUUGAAAUACUGUACUGGCACACAUCCGACCGUUGACAUUUUGUACCUUUUCUAAAUCCAAUGUUUCACAAUAAAAUCUUCUCAAAACACGAA